CGGUUCAGUCUCGGUCGGGGGAAAGACCGAGACCUUUUUUAACAGGAGGUGGAGUUCGCUGUGCUUCAACUCCAGGUGACCAGGGAUCUGCUGCAAUGUUAACACAGAGCUGAAACUACAAAUCUGCUGGCUCUGAUACAUGACAGUAUACACCAGUCAUGGAGUUUAACAAAUUGGUGACCUUGUGGAUAUUUUGCUUGUGUCUCGUGGGAGAAAGUUGGACAGAAAAACCAAGUUCACCUACAGCAGACAGCCAGGGCGUGGAAAAUGGGAUAUCAGAUUUUUGUCGCAUCGAUGAGCCACUAUGCAAGGACGAGAACGCCAUUCUCAGCUUCGAGGCAAUCCGUAGUAUCCACAAGCAGAUGGAUGAUGACGCUAAUGGCAAUGUAGACGUGGCAGAGACAGACGGAUUCCUGAGAGAAGAUCUGAACUACCAUGACCCAAAGGCCAAGCAUAACAGCUUCCACGGGGAUGACCAGUUCAUCAGUGUGGAGGACUUGUGGAAUGCAUGGAAGGGCUCUGAAGUGUAUAAUUGGACAGUGGAUGAGGUGGUGGAAUGGCUCAUCACCUAUGUGGAACUGCCACAAUAUGUGGAUGCAUUUCGCAAGAUGAGUUUUAAUGGAAGUGCCAUGCCAAGGUUGGCCAUAAAGAACACCACUCUGACUCUCUCUAUUCUGAAGAUUCUGGAUCGCAGCCAUGUCCAAAAGUUGCAGCUGAAAUCUUUGGAUACCGUACUGUUUGGAGCACCGCUGAUGAAUAGACAUAACCACUUGAAGGACUUCAUGCUGGUAGUGUCUAUAGUCAUUGGCAUUGGUGGCUGCUGGUUCGCCUUCAUCCAGAACCGCUACUCUAAGGACCACAUGAAGAAGAUGAUGAAAGACCUGGAGGGCCUGCAGCGAGCUGAACAGAGUCUGCAUGACCUACAACAGAAGCUGCAGAUCGCCCAGGAGGAGCACCGUACAGUGGAGGUGGAGAAGGUGAACCUGGAGCAGAAGCUGAGGGAUGAGAUCAACACAGCCAAGCAGGAAGCCCAGCGGCUGAGGGAGCUGCGUGAGGGCACAGAGAAUGAACUGAGCCGCCAAAAGUACGCUGAAGAAGAGCUGGAACAGGAAUUUGGCAGGAACCGCACAGCACAGCCCACACAAGUGCGCAUGGCACUGAAGAAAGCAGAGAAGGAGUUGGAGUCACGGAGUAGCUGGUCCCCUCCAGAGUCUCUCCAGAAGUGGCUGCAGCUCACCCAUGAGGUGGAAGUGCAGUACUACAACAUCAAGAAGCAAAAUGCUGAGCGGCAGCUCCUGGUGGCCAAAGAAGGGGCGGAGAAGAUAAAGAAAAAGAGGAACACUCUCUUCGGGACUUUCCAUGUGGCUCACAGCUCCUCCCUGGAUGAUGUGGACCACAAAAUCUUGGCAGCAAAACAAGCUCUGGGUGAGGUGACGGCUGCCCUGCGAGAGAGGCUCCAUCGCUGGCAGCAGAUAGAGAUCCUCACAGGUUUCACCAUCGUCAACAACCCAGGCCUCCCUUCGCUGGCCUCAUCGCUCAACCUCGAUCCCACCUUCAUGGGCGGCAGAGCUACACCUCAGCACUUCAUCAUGUCUGACGACAUGGACGACAUGGACGAGGGUAUCGUGCCUGGAACUCUGCAAUCUCCCAGUAUGAUGUCCCUGCGCCAACGCCACAUUGACCCACAGCUUGCCAUGGGAUCCCAGAGGGACCUAAAUCGCUCUGACUCCGACUCCUCCCUGUCCCUCUCCCAAGUUGGUGAUCGGCUGUCUGCCUACAGCUCCAAAGGCCACCUAAUCAAGCCCACCUCUCUUAUGCACGGCCUGUCCAGUCGUGCAGAUGAUUCCGUCUCGCUGCACGCUCACACCCCCAACGGAGGGAACCGCAUUCAUGAGGUCAGUCCCGCAGAGCCGGUCCCUGACAGCCCCAUACUCAUGAAGAAAGUGUACGCCAUGGAGAAGUCACCCAGCCUGGGAGAAAUCAACAGCCUGUCGGAGUCCUCCCGCUCCCUCAGCCCCAAUUCCACUGAACCCGACACACCGUCACCCACAGGAGGAGGGCAGCCAGGGGCCGUGGGGGCAAAGGGCAGCACCCGCAUCCCGCAGCUGUCCUCCAAGAAGAGCCCGCUGGAGGAGGACAGUGGCUCUACGGGAGAAGACACAGAUUCCACUGCCAGCCGCAAGAAACACACCUUCAAGAUCUUCAAGAAACAGAGGAAAUAAGGGCUACAUGAACUACAGGCUGUCAAAGCUGCUUGACUGUAUUCCUCUGGUCUGUUUUUGAAAAAGGUUUUCGGGGUUCAUUAAUGGCUAAAUGAUGGCACAAGUUGCUGCCAUGGCCGUUUUUGUAGGGACAACACCUACUCAGAGAAACUGGACUGUGGGAGCAACCAGCUGUUCAGUUUUAUCUGCUUGUUUGGUCAAUGUUGAAUAUGUGGGGAAUGGGUAGGUUUGUAUAUUGGAAUGUAAAGUAUUAUUUAUUCUGCAGGAAAUUGUGCCAGUCUCAAAGGGAAAUGUGUCUCCCGGUUGGUUUUUCUUUCUUGUUCUACAAUCUAUAACAUUUUGCAUGUCUUCACUUUUGUUUGACUGAUACCUGAAUGCUCUUAGUGUUUGCUUGGUUCUUGUCGUUAACCUGCUUAGACAACACUUGAUGUUUUUUUUAUGACUACCUAACCACCUAGCCUACAAAUCCAAAGUGAAUGCACACUUUUUUUCCCCACUGAGUACCAAGUUUUUUUGUCUUUUGUCGUCUUCUUUUUGGCAGAGCAAAUGACACAUUGAGAGGAUCCUCAAGCAGAAGAAUUGUACUAGAGGGGUUGGACUGCUAAAUUAGUGACACAGAUUUCACUUUUAGCUGCCAAAAAAAUGUGUUGUUUGAAGACAGCACAGCAAUAGUAGCUAUUUGGUGUGAUUUAGACUCUCUAGAAGUGAAAAUAUGGGUGAAAAAGGCUGCUAACUAUUUGCAACCCAAAUGGCAUCACCUUGUACGGACAAAUGGUUAAUUUCCCCACUAAAUUACACAAUGCAUUUAGACCUUUUGCUUUAUUUUUAGUGUUAAGGGUUGAGUGCAUGUGAGCAUGAGAGAGUGAGAGAGAAGUGCUUUGCUGAAAUGUCCAGCUUUUAAACGAUGCCAACAAGUGUUUGAAGAUCCUGGCUGAAGUAGGUAUCCUGUUACUAUUAGGCAGACGUGUCACCAAACACAUCAUUACCAAAAUGUUAAAAAUUAUAAAGAAACAGUCUGGAAAUACCUGCAACUGCGUGACAGUGAACAUUUUGUAUUAGAUUAAAAAAAUGAGCAUAUAUGAGUGUAUAUACCAUGAAAAACAUGUCCUUCACACACUCGAAGCACAUUUCUUUUCCCCACAGCUAUUACAAAAAAGGUGAACAGCUAUAUUUUGUCUUUGAAGAUUAUACUCCUAAUUAAUGGGAUGCUGGAUAAAUGAGAUCCAACAUUUUCCACUGAGAAUAAAUUUGAAGAACGAGGUGUGAGUUUAAGUUGAAUCUUAGCUCCUGCUGUUUUCAUGAUUAUUCCGGAGGCCAGGGGAAACUUCAUGGCAAUUAGUGAGGAGUGGGUGCUGGUAAGGGCUAUAGUUACAAGGCAAAAUCACUUGCUCUGUAUAAGGUAGAAAUUUUCAAGUCGUAACCACUUUGUAAUCCACCUUUUUUAUGAAAGACUUAGCUCAACAAGUUAUGUCAGCAGAAGACCAGUUUUCAAAGUGCCAACAUCUAUUUCUGUCAGAGGCCUUUGUAUUUGUUGUGUGUUUGGCCCCUUGAGCCCGUUUUACACAGAACAUAAAACCACAUGAUAUAUACAUAUACAGUCCGUAAUGUAUAUCCUGAGUUUAAAUACUGAAUGUUCAAGGGUAUCAUUGCUGUAACAGUAUCCGCAGUAAGGUAUGUUUACAUUUGGGACAGAUAAUUACUGUCCUCUGAUUACCACAACAAAGAACAUUGUGCCCAUUUUAAUACUGACAGCUUCAUGUGAGCACUGAACUAUGCAUCAGUAGUUGUAGGUUAUUACUAAAGUAGUGGGGACACUUAGGGCGUUCCUGACCAAUGAACAACCAAAAAGUGCUGCAAAAGACACAGUCGGCUUUCCCCAGCCCCAUAAUGUAACACGUGGUUUGGAUGUAUACGACAUGUUUAAAUAUUUUACUUUAGAGACCAGUGAAAAAAAAAUAUCAAUUUCCUACUGGUACUUUUUUAAAGUGUCAUUUGUACCUCUUUUGCACGACAAAGCUGUAAAUGAAUUAUGCCAUCAGAAUGUGUGCGAGUGUGUGUGUGUGUGUCCGUCGGCUCCCAGUAUAAUGCACUGCAAUGUUGAUGCAUGUCAACUACUGUAACAAAACCUAUAUUGGGUUUGAAGUGUGGGUCAGCUUACGCUCUUUACUCCCCACCCUGUGUUUUUUUUUCUCUUUAUUUUGGGCUUCUAUUUAUGAAUACACACAGUAUAUUUGUACAGAGAAAAUGAUAAUUUUGCAUCUUCUGUGAUAGUCUAAGACUUUUAUGGCACUCCUGCAUGAUAGCAAUAAACUAUUUUGAAUGAAA